UUUGAACCUAGAAAAUGAUGAAGCUUUUGGUCUGUGCCCUGCUGGUAGGAUCCUGCACGGCUGUCCCCCUCCUUACCGAUGUGGAGCCCUAUAUUACCAAUGGAGAACCGGCGGAGGUGGGUCAGUUUCCCUACCAGGCCGGUCUGAACAUCUCCUUCGGAAACUGGAGCACUUGGUGCGGCGGUAGCUUGAUCUCACACUACUGGAUAAUCACAGCAGCACACUGCAUGGAUGGGGCGGAGUCCGUAACGGUCUAUUUGGGGGCCAUAAACAUUGGUGAUGAGUCCGAGGAGGGUCAGGAGAGGAUCUUCGUGGAGAAGUCGGGCAUUAUAGUGCACUCGAACUAUAUGGCUAGCUCGGUGGUCAACGACAUCUCGCUUAUUCGAUUGCCCGCAUUUGUGGGUUUCACUGAUCGCAUCCGGGCCGCCACUUUGCCCCGUCGCUUGAACGGCCAGUUUCCCACGUACGAGUCCGUCCGGGCCUUCGCCUCCGGCUGGGGACGUAAAAGCGAUGCCUCCGACUCGGUCUCCCCCGUGCUGAGAUACGUAGAGAUGCCUAUCAUGCCUUACUCUGUGUGCCGGAUGUACUGGAGUGGAGCUGUGUCGGAGAAGAUGAUCUGCAUGAGCACCACCAGCGGCAAAUCCACCUGUCAUGGUGACUCUGGCGGUCCGCUGGUCUACAAGCAGGGCAACUCCAGCUACCUGAUCGGAUCCACCUCGUUUGGAACCUCUAUGGGAUGUCAAGUGGGAUUUCCGGCCGUGUUCACCCGCAUCAGCAGCUACUUGGACUGGAUCCUCAACCACAUCAUCGCCCAUACUAAAGAAUAAGCUACUACUAAAUUGUUCUUCGUAAGAGAGAUCCACUCGCAAUGAUUUAAAUCAACUAGAUAAUUAAAGUAUAUAAUGACUCCAUUAAAAUGCUUUUAAAUUACAAAUUCUCUCUUGCAAAGGAUAAUCCUAUAUUUUUUUAAGUAUAAUAAUAGUUAAGAUAUUAAUGUAUUAUCCCAGCAGGUUUUAAGUUAUUUGCUAACGAAACAAAUGAGAAUCAAUUUAGUUAAGAUUUCAAGAUAAUUAAUAUUUGGACCGUUUUCAAGAAUAUAAAGUUUCGCUCAGAAACUUGAACCCCAAGCUCCGCAAUAAAAACACUUAUCAUUUAA